AUGGCAGAAAGCGCGCCGGGCUACCAUGAGCGGCAGCGACUGCAGCAGUGCCUCUUGCACACGCUGAACAACCUCUUUCAGCAGCGAGUGUUUGAUAGCGUCGAGCUGGACGGCAUCGCCAACCAGCUGGCACCUGGCCGGCUUCCCAUCCUUCACCCACACAGGACACUAUUCCUGGGCAACUGGGAUGUCAAUGUGAUGGAGCUGGCCCUCAGGCGGCACGGAAAGAAGCUGCACUGGUGCGACCUGCGCGACCUGAGCUUUGCGCAUCUGGACCUGGAUGCGUGCUGGGGUCUGCUGCUUAACGUCAAGGGCGAGGGCGCUUUGAGCCGCAUACUUGGCGGGCGGCACUGGCUGGCGCUCAAGUCGUUUGGCGGGCGCUGGUGGGACCUGGACAGCACCCUGCCAGCGCCGCAACCGAUAGGCAGCAGUUCCUGUGCGGCAGCUGUGAGCGUUGGCAGCAGAGUUGAGGGCUCAGACCUGCAUGCAGAAGCCAGUGGCAGCAGUGGCAACGGGGGCAGCGACACACAUCACGCUGGGCACGCAACGGAAGAUGGCGAGGCAGCAGCAGCGGCGGCAGCGCUGUGGCACGCCUACCUGUCUGAGCGGCUGGUGGCGGUGCGGGGGCUGUCCCCCGCGCACCCGGCCGUCGAGUCGCUGAACAACACCUUUGAGCGGGCCAUGGUGUCGAUGCACAAGAUGCCCCGCAUCUGGCUCAUGUACCUGGACUUCAUGGCGGUCCAGGCCUACAUCACCCGCAUGCGCCGCCUCUUCGACCGCGCCCUCACCAGCCUGCCCGUCACGCAGCACGAGCGCGUGUGGCCGCUGUACCUGCGCUUUAUCGGCCAGCCGGGCAUACCCAUGGAGACGGCGGUGCGGGUGUACCGGCGGUACCUCAAGCUGGAGCCCACCCACGCCGAGGAGUUCAUCGCAUACCUCAAGAUCAAGCAGCUGUGGGGGGAGGCGGCACGGGCUGUGCGCACGGUGGACCCCGACAAGGCUGUGGGCAAGCCUCACACGCUGUGGGUGGCCUUUGCCAAGCUGUACGAACGCCACUCAGACCUGCCCAACGCGCGCAUCAUCUUCGAAAAGGCGGCGCAGGCGCGGCUCAAGUACGUGGAUGACCUGGCGGCGGUGUGGUGCGAGUGGGCGGAGAUGGAGCUGCGCCACAAAAACUUCCGCCGCGCGCUGGACGUCAUGCGGCGCGCCACGCAGCGCCCCGCCCGCACACGCAGCCGAGAGGAGGAGGCUGGCCUGCCUGUGCAGGAGCGGCUGUACCGCAGCCUCAAGCUCUGGUCUUUCUACGUCGACCUGGAGGAGAGCCUGGGCACCCUGGACAGCACCAAGGAGGUGUACGAGGCGAUCCUGGACCUGCGCAUCGCCACCGCCCAGAUUGUGCUCAACUAUGCGGCGCUCAUGCUGGAGCACAAGUUCUUCGAGGAGGCGUUCAGGGUGUACGAGCGCGGCAUCUCUCUGUUCAAGUACCCACACGUCAAGGACAUCUGGACAGCAUACCUCACGCAGGUGCGCGAGGUGUAUGAGAGCGCGAUCGAGGCGCAGCCGCCGUACGCGCUGACCGACGGCGACACGCGCACGCUGUGCCUGCGCUACGCCGCGCUGGAGCGGCGGCUGGGCGAGGUGGACCGCGCGCGCGCCAUCUUUGUGCACGCAGCCUCGCUGGCAGACCCGCGCAGCGACCGCGACUUCUGGGCCGAGUGGAACGCGUUUGAGGUCAAGCACGGCAACGAGGACACGUUCAGGGAGAUGCUGCGCAUCAAGCGCUCCGUGGCCGCCUCCUUCAGCCAGCAGCACUUCAACACCACCAUCAUCGACGCCGCGGCGGUGGUGGGCGAGGCCGGCGCCAAGCGCAAGCGGGAGGGUGGCGACGACAUGGCGGCGCUGGAGGCGGCGGUGGCGGGCGCCGCCGCGGCGCCUGCGCCGGCCGCACUGGAGCCGGGCACGCGCGUGCGGGGCUUUGUGUCGGCCGGCGUCAUCCAGCAGGGCAAGGAGGAGGAGGCGGCGGCUGCUGGCGGCGGCGCCGCUGCUGCGCCCGCCAACCCGGAAGAGCUGGAGCUGGGGGAGGAGGAGGAGGAGGCGGAGGAGGCUGCCGGGGAGGGCGAUGGCGGCGACGGCGAGGACGGCGUGCAGGUGCAGCAGCAGGCGGUGCCAGAGGGCGUGUUUGGCAGCUUGGGCGACAAGUUUGCAAAGCGGCAGAAGAUAGAGGGCGCGGAUGGCACCUUCAGGAUCCUGCAGCUGGCUGACUUGCACGUGGGCGAGGGCCAGUCCGACUCCAAGACGUUGGAGGUGGUGCAAACCGUUCUCGAGGCGGAGCAGCCGGCGCUGGUUGUGAUGAGCGGCGACCAGGUGUCUGGUUUUGCCUACCCCGCAGCCAACCUGCUGGGCCACCUGUCACGCCUGCUGUUCUCUGGCGCCAGCUGGUACGAGCAGCAGUGGCGCCGCAUCGUGGCGCCGCUCCACAAGGCGGGGGUCCGCUAUGCCGCCAUCCUGGGCAACCACGACGGCGAGGCAGACCUGAGCCGGCGCCAGGUUGUGGAGUUGGGUGGCGCCGCUGGCGGCGGCCUGUCGCUGACCCAGCCGGGCCCCUCGCACCUCACCGGCGCGGGCAACUACUACCUGGAUGUGUGUGAUGCCCAGGGGCAGCAGGUGGCGGCCCGCAUCUGGAUGCUGGACAGCGGCAACCGUGGCUGCGGGCGGCUGGCGUGGGGCUGGGGCUGCGUGGGCGCCGACACGGUGGCGUGGGUGCGGCGAGAGGCGGAGCAGCUGCCACGCGUGCCCAGCCUGGCCUUCAUCCACGUCCCCAUCCCCCAGAUGUUCCAGGCCUGGAACGGCGGCAGCUCGGCCAACGGCACCAAGGGCGAGCUGGUGGGAUGCCCAGGCAUGGACUCUGGCUUUUUCGAGCUGGCCAGGGAGAUGGGCAUUCAUGCCAUCUACUCGGGCCAUGACCACAACAACGACUUUGCGGCCAGCCUGGAUGGCAUCCGGCUGGCUUAUGGGCGCAAGACCGGGUAUGGGUCUUACGGCCCUACGGGCGGCCUGCUGCACGGCGCUCGCGUCAUCGAGCUGCGGCUGGGGCAGGACACAGCACACAGCCCCACCUGGAUUCGGCAGGAGGACGGGUCACGGCGGGAGCAGGCAGACGUGAACGCGCCCCGCCCCUUCCGCCAGCAGGUGUGCGCCCUGGAUGAGAGCAGCUGCGACACGCACCUCGGCCCCGAGUUCUGCCUUCGGCUUCGGGAAGCCCGCAGCUUCUUCGUGGUAGCAGGGGUGACGCUGACGGUGGCGGCGGCUUGUGUUUUCACCGGCCUGGCGGCGGGUGCGCUUGCACGACACGCGCGGCGUGGCUGGCGCCAGACGCGGGGCUGGGAGCAGGUGGCUGCUGCUGACAGCAGCCCACAUGACGUCGACACCUCCGUAUAG